UUAGUGAACCAGUUUUUUUAUGUUUGUGAUAUUGGCGUGAAGACAAAUUGUAAAUUUGUAAAAAAAAUGUGAUGAUGGUGAUCUUCAACUGAAAUAUUUAAAUCUCAACUCAAGUUUGAUUGCGCAUUCAAGUGAAUGAAAAUAAAGUUCAAAAAAGUUUUCAAAAGGCAAGUUUUUAUUCAGCAAAAAUAUCUGAUAAAAAUCGUUCAAAAUUUUCGACACAUCCUAAUGUCCCGUGAAAACGUAGACUAUGCUUAUUAAAUUAAGAACCGGGUUUUGACUUUAUUUUCCAACCGAUUCUUAUCCGUGUUAGGAUUUGUUUCAGGUUUCGAAUAAGCUUCCAGGUCUGGUUUGAAGUUAUUAUAAUAAAAGAUAAUUAGUAGUUAUCAUAAUUACUAUCAUUUGAGACGCUUCAAGUUGUUAGAAUUUCCAGAACUAUUUUUUGUUUAAUUUAAGUUAGGACUCUUUUUAUUAUUCAGAUCCGUAGGACCAGAACUGCUUAUGAAAACAUUCAGAAAUUUUUUCCUGGAAACUGAAUGAGAGUACGGGAGGGUGUUGCUUCAAGAAGCGACAACGAACUAGUUAUUUUUUUUUCGGUUUCAAAUCCUGUUUAUUUAUCCAUUUCUUACGACUAGCAAAACAUGUACAUAAAUUUCCUAAUCUGAUCUACUACAUAUUACAAACUAACAGAUGUUCAAAAAACUCUUGAAAUGCUUUUCAAAUAUAGAUUUAUUAUUCCAACGAACUUCGCGUAUUUGUCUCUUGAAAUCUUUUAACCGAUUGAUGUUCGUUUUUCCAUGAUGGUUUAAGUUGUAAGCCAUAGCUUCAACUGUUAACCAUAGCCCUGCUUUAAGUUUGCAACUAUUCUCACCAAUUACUACCGAAAUCAAUUCUUCUGGAUCAUUAAUAUAAAUUUUAAUUCUAUCUCGAAGGAAACAAAUUGAGCGUACCGUCGCUAAGGGUUAUGUAAAGAAUUUCGGGGUAUCAACCUGAUCCGAAAGAACGACACCAAAACGGUCCGAAGACAAUUUGGUUCAUUCGAGUAAUGGAGAGGGAGAACAUAACUUAAGAAUUUCUGGAUUACAGAGAGCAUUUUAGACCAGGAAACACUACCAGAUGAUCUUUAAACAACUACAUAGCGUACGUCAUCAAUCUUAAAAAUGACAUUCAAUUGGUCCAGAGCGAGCUACAUUUUUCGAUGCAGUAUUGUCAAACGGGACAUCAUGCAACAUCGGUUUUAGAUACUAAUUUGUAUACCACUGUACUAAUUCAAUUUUAAUUUUAAGCAAUUGGAGUAGAGGACCAAAACUAUUGUAAAAGGUCCAAGGUAGCAACUAUGUUUUUCUCCAAAAACCAACAUAAUUCCUUGAAAUUUUCUGUGUUAAAGUAAAUGUUAAUGAUUCCACGAACUUUUGGUGGAUAUAGAUUGGGAAAUAUAAUUAAGAAAAAAUGUGUGUUCGGAUUCUUUGUAUGAACAUAUUAUUCUUAAAAAAAAAGAGUGAAUGAAAAAUUAAUGUUCUGGCAUCACGGAAAUUACGUCAAUGAACUGGGGUAUUAAUGAACCCAUUCAUCAGAUACAGCACGAAACAUUGAAUUGUGCUAAUGCGAUUCGUGUAGUUCCAAGAGUGUGUGAGUGCAAAAGGUGACUUGACCAAACGCGAAAAAUAACGGUCAUUCUUUAGGCAUCUUUUGCGAAGAAUAGUUUGUAGUGCGCGAAAGAAAAUCGUGAUAAUUUCUCGGUCACCACAGAACUUUUUCCAUAAAUAGCUGAUUUUUUUGCAUUUUCUCGUAUUCCAAAGUCUAUUUUAGGAAGAGGAAGAAGAGGAAGAGAAGAGGCGGGAUGGAAGAAGAAGAAGAGUAGAAGCAGAAUGGAAGAAGAAGAAGGGAAUGAGUAGUAGGAGAAGAAGAAGGAAAUCGCAAAAGGAUGCGGUCUGAAGAAUUAGCAGAGUUUUGAUUGAAAUAGAUAAUAAGCAACAAAUUUAUUUUGGUUUUGUUUUGUGGCGUAGUUUUAUGUAUGUUUUGGUAAUUUGUGUUUCCUCCCCCAUUGCUAGGCGGGAGUGAAGCAAAAGAACUUCAACACUUUCCUUGUACCGCAUUUUUUAAACACUGAUCGGUACUGAACCGAUCAGGAAUUCAAAUUGAUUUCUGUUUGUAAUGUGUCCUUUUUAUGUUCACUUGACACUUUAAUCAAUUUGUUCGCAAACACCAUUAUCUGUGCACGUACCUUAGAAUAAGCAUAACUCUCUCACAACAUAGCAACUUUCACCGAGAGAGUCUCACACAAUAGUAUGUAAGCCAUUUUAGAUAUAAGUUAGAAUAGAUCAAAGAGUUAAACGAAUCGCACGGAUUUUCACUUCUUCGAAAUAAAUCAAAGUUAAGUCCAAUCAAGCGACUUUUUACUAUCUCCGAAAUCGGGAAUAAUCAGUUGGUACAAUCAAAACGGCUAAUUAAGUGUUGUUGAGGAAAGCGCAAUCGAAUCGCGCAGUGGCACUCCGUACAAUAAACGCCGAAAGUGCAAACAAAAUUCUUCCCCCAGCGGGUGAACAGCUGACUAGUGAAGUGCCGAAGACUUACCUGGACAUUCUUGCUGCUGGUAGAUGCCGUCGACGAGAGACGGGAAGAAAUACCCCGAAAUACGAACCCCCCCAUCGGCCGAGCCCGAACAUUUGGUCCUUCGAACCGGAUUCGAGGACAUCAUCUCAUCAGGAACCAGCAGAGGAAUCAGCAUUCGCCAUCUUCCGAGCGCCAAAGCAGUUGUGGUUUGUAGAAAUCCACACCCAAGGUAGGCCAACUUGUGAUUUUCACACCGCGGACAAACUAUUACGGCCCAAUUAUUCACUUGGCCAACGGAUAAUUUUGUAAAUUGGGCGCAAAAAAUUAACCGACACCGCAAUUAUAGCCAAACAGUCGAUUAAUGAAUUCGUAGAAUCAAAACAAACGGGAAACUUUUACAGUGCCGUUCAAAUGUUUUGAAACACAGUGCAGCGCAAAAGUUUUGCAACAAGGAAAAAUUAAAUAACUUUUUUAACCAAAUUGCAUUUUUUGUGGCCAAAAGUCAGUUCAAGGCGCAAGUGCAAGUGCAUUGAGGGUGGUGCACUCUACAGUGUCGUUCAAAAAUACACCGACACUUGAAAAAUUGAAAGUUUUUUGGAAAAAUUGGAAUUCACUUCCAGUGGUCUCUGAGACACUGUGAAGCAUUGCUGAUACGCAUUGGGGCAAGUGGCCAGACAACAGUACUGUACAAAAGUAUAGCGACACUGGUGGAUUUUUGGAAAAUUUCAAAAUCGCUUUACCUGUUAAUUUUGAGGCGAUUGUAGCAUUGCUGGGUGGCGUUUAUACAAGUUGCUGACUACAGUACCGUCCAAAAACAUAGCAAUUAGAACAAAAUAAAAAUAAUUUGGAGAUUUUCAUAUACAAAUCGCAUCCAAAGGUCAAUCGUUCGUGGCAUUUACGGUCUUUUUUGGUGCAGUUACGUGUGAUUUGAGUGGUGUUGAGUGAUGACUAGCAAGGCGGAGAAAAAACUUACAGCGGACCUUCUGACGAGACGACGAGCGUGUGCUGAGCGAGAUGUGGUGGAGAAGUUCAUCACGGACUACACCUAUGAACGGGAUUGCUGCCAGGUUUCGGUACGUUUGGAGGCUCUCAACAAAUGCAACGAGUUGUUCUUGAACGUGCAGAACGACAUCGAGAUGGGUGACAUCGAAGAACGGUUCGAGGCGCAUCUGGAGUUCCGGGCGGAUUUCGAGGAUCGGUUUUGCAGAGCGAAAGGUUUUUUGUUGUCUAAGCUGGAAAGCAGGGAGCAUCUUCUGAGUUCGACGAUCAUGCACGCAUCGACUUCUCAUAGCAUGUCUUCCAGUUUCCAUCAUCGGCUGCCUAAAAUCGAUCUACCGAAGUUUAGCGGGGAUGAAUCGCGAUGGAUAUCAUUUCGCGACAACUUCAUUUCGAUGAUCCACUGCAACGAGGACAUUCCAAUCGUCAACAAGCUGCAGUACCUAUUACAGUCACUGGAAGGAGAGGCCAAGAAACCAUUCGAAUCUGUGGACGUUCAAGCCGAUAAUUAUUCAUCGACAUGGGACGCUUUGAAAAAGCGGUAUGACAACAAGCGUUUCCUUAGGAAAGAGCUUUUCCGUGGCCUGUACAACCUUCCACCUCUUCAGCAUGAAUCCGCACAAGACCUCAACACACUGGUUGACGAUUUCCAGCGACACGUUAAGGCACUGGGGAAAUUGGGUGAACCUAUCGAGCAUUGGGAUACGCCGCUCAUCUUUAUCCUGACGAAUAAGUUAGAUUCGGCGACGAUUCGUGCAUGGGAGCAAGAUACUCGACAGAAGGAUGAGGUGAAAUACGACGAGCUCAUCGAGUUUCUCAUCCACCAGUUCCGGAUGUUGAAAUCCGUGGACAGCGAUCUCCAGCAUCGUUCCUCAGUGCCCACCGUUUCCAAGGUGGCCGGCCAAAUCCCGAAGAAACCAUUUCCCAUUCGGUCUGUCGUAAACACAGCUACAUCCGAAAUUCAAUCCAGCACUUCGCCAUGCCACUGUUGCUUGAGGACACAUCCUCUUCACCAAUGUCCAGCAUUUUCGAACCUGUCAAGCUCCCAGCGGCGAGAGCUCGUGACACAGAACAGUCUUUGUUGGAAUUGCUUUCGUGCAAACCAUCAGGCAAGAUCCUGUAAAUCGAAGUUUCUGUGUAGGAUUUGCCAAGCGAAACACCACACCAUGUUGCACGACCACCAAACAGCACAUCUAGAGCAACCCACUACUGAAGAACCACAUCCCGUACAAGCGAAUCCAGGUUUUAGCGGUUCAGUAAACCCACCAGCGAUAAAUCUAUCCGUGCAUUCAAAUUCGACGGUUCUAUUGGAGACGGUCACGCUGUUUGUUGUCGACCGAUACGGCAGAAAGAUUCCUGCUAGAGCUCUGCUAGAUUCUGCAGCGAUGUCCAACUUCAUCACUAAGAAGCUGGCGAACCAACUCGCCACCCGUCAAAGGCCCGUGGACAUCUCAGUUGCCGGAAUCGGAGAGUCAGUGAAGCGCAUCAAACACAAGUUAGCUGCCAAAAUCAUAUCCAAGAACAGCGACUUCUCCACCACACUCGAUUUCCUCGUCAUGAAGAAACCAACAUCAUAUCUCCCCACAUCCCCGAUCGAUUCAACUGCCUGGAGAAUGCCGAAGGUUCCAUUGGCGGAUCCUCAGUUCAACGUUCCAGCAACAAUCGACAUGAUCAUCGGUGGAGAAUGUUACCAUGAGUUUCACACAGGCGUACGCCACUCCCUUGGUAACGGUUUCCCGUUUUUGGUGGACACCCUCUUUGGCUGGACAGUUUCUGGCAAAGUGGAUUCCAGCUCCACCACCACACCGCGAGCGUGCUUCCUCUCCACCGUUGAUCAAACCCGAGAAACGAUCCCUGAGGAGUUCCGGCCAAUGGACACCACCGAUGGGAGCCAAAGGAUGGACGUUGAACCCUCCACCACUCAAAUCCACGACGAAGGAUACGUCGCCUGCCAUUCACGGUCUAAUGAUCCACAAACCACCCUUGGAGAUAACGAAACGAGAGCCACACAUGGAAACUCCACCAGAUAUUCACACCACAGCGAUUCUGUUCAACACUACAAACCACACUGCUAUCUGCCACAUCACCCGGUGCUCAAGGAUGCCAGCAAAACCACCAAUGAAUGCGUGGUAUUCAACGCAUCCUGUGAGCCCAACUCAGGGUACGCGCUCAAGGAUACGCUGCUCGUCGGUUGCAUCGUUCAACAUAAUCCGCUGUCCGCCACUCUUCUAAGUGCCGCCAAAAGCAACGACAAAGUAGAAGACGAUGCUGAUGGAUCCAGCUGCUAUAUCGUUCCUUUGGCCAUGCAGCCCUCUGGUACCUGCCUGGAGUUAGGUGCACCUCUUCUACCAACGGAAUCGUUCCAGAAACCCCAACGGUCAAAGCCGCCACCGCAUCGUUGGCGAACUCUUGCUGCUAAACGCGCACCAGUUGUCCAGAUUGGUACAGACGGGCACAAUGUGACCAGCAAUCUGUCCAACAUGUUCCAUUUCCCCGAUAAGCGUCAGUGCUCCUUGGAAAGCUGGCCUUAUUCCGCCACUUCGCGGCCACUCGGUCGCUGUACAAGGCUUCAUCCAGGUCGAGAUGGAGUCAUUCAGCCAGCCAAGCGAGAUUGUCAUCUUACUCAUCGCCAGCCCUGUUGACAGUCAACGCGACAACUAGAAAGCUACAAAGACCGGUAGAGCACGCCGAACGUGCUCAACGCGCUAAUGGAGCGCUAACAGGUGAUUAGCGUUCCUAUCAUUCUAUCCAUAUCGUUCGAUCUACCGGGUCUUUGUUGUUUACAGUUCCUUAGACGCCCUUUUGUACCCCGCCAUCAUCGAGAUCCUUCUACAAAGACCGGCAGAGCACGCCGAAUGUGACUCACUGCGCAUGUAGAGCGCUAAUAGGUGAUUAGCGUUCCAAACUGUCACAUUUUCUCGUUCGAUCUACCGGUUCUUUGUCGAUUGCAGAUCCUUUCCUACAACUACCCUACAUCUUCAUCGAGUAUUCGUUGCCAUUGACCAAGCCACAAGUCCGAAGCAGAAUCUUCUAAGACCGGUAGAGCACGCCGAACGUUGCUCAACGCGCUAACGGAGCGCUAAUAGGUGAUUAGCGUUCCUAUCAUUUUUCUCCUAUCGUUCCAUCUACCGGGUCUUUUGUUGAUUCCAGAUCACCAACUAUCGUACAUCGUCGCAGCAUCUCAUGGGCCACCACCGAGAACGGCCAACAACAUCGGUAUCAACAGCAGAGUCUUCAAAGAUCGGUAGAGCACGCCGAACGUUGCUCAACGCGCUUAAAGGGCGUUAACAGGUGAUUAGCGUUCCUAUAACCUUAUCCUCCGUUGUUCGUUCUACCGGAUCUCUUGUCGUUCACAGAUUCUGCACCAGUGCCGAUGUUGCGACUAAGUUCCUCGAUGAGCAACAUACCAGCCGUGCCUUCGAAUCCAGCCGAAGAAGCAUGUAGCAACCCGUUGGGCAUAUGGGUUAUUGAAACGAUCGCCAGCAGUUUCAAGGUGGCCGGAAUGAUCGGUACUGAACCGAUCAGGAAUUCAAAUUGAUUUCUGUUUGUAAUGUGUCCUUUUUAUGUUCACUUGACACUUUAAUCAAUUUGUUCGCAAACACCAUUAUCUGUGCACGUACCUUAGAAUAAGCAUAACUCUCUCACAACAUAGCAACUUUCACCGAGAGAGUCUCACACAAUAGUAUGUAAGCCAUUUUAGAUAUAAGUUAGAAUAGAUCAAAGAGUUAAACGAAUCGCACGGAUUUUCACUUCUUCGAAAUAAAUCAAAGUUAAGUCCAAUCAAGCGACUUUUUACUAUCUCCGAAAUCGGGAAUAAUCAGUUGGUACAAUCAAAACGGCUAAUUAAGUGUUGUUGAGGAAAGCGCAAUCGAAUCGCGCAGUGGCACUCCGUACAAUAAACGCCGAAAGUGCAAACAAAAUUCUUCCCCCAGCGGGUGAACAGCUGACUAGU